ACUCUUUCUCUCUAUAUAAAUAUCAACUCCCUAACUCCCUUAUUCAUUCAUAUAUUAAUAUGCCCUUUCACCUUCACUUUGAUUGAUUUCCAUUCUUUUCUGGCUUUCUUAUACAAAAGUCAAAUACCAAAGACCAGAAAAUGAUUGUUACGUACGUACACUGACAAAUACAAAUAUAUAUUAUAAUAUGGAUCACAUCAAUUUGUUUUGCGAUGAGGUUUGGCCCUCGAGCCCUACUGCUUCUAGGAAUGAUGAUGAGGAUGACAAUAUUUCUGUACAAAUGACAGAAAAUAUUAUUACAAGAAAACGUAGUUGUACUAGUUUUGAUGAAAUUAGUAGUCAUGAUGAUGAGGAUGAUGUUAAUAAUAAUGGUGAUAAUGAUCAGUUUCGUCAUAUGAGUAAGGAAGACAUUGAGUUGGCUUUUAACAUAUGCCUAGAAAAGGAGAAUACUUACCUUCCUAAACCUAACUACUUACAAUAUCUUUACUACAACAACUUGAUCGUUGCUAGGUUUAGAACCAUUCAGUGGUUUAUCAAGUGCCGAAGUCGGUUUAAUCUCUCGUUUGGAACUGUUUUUCAUGCUACAAACUACCUCGAUAGAUUUAUAUCAAUGAAUCAGAAUAGUAUUAAUAAUAUUACUGAAUGGAAAUACUGGAUGAUUGAGUUGUUGUCUAUUGCCUGCUUUUCGAUUGCCUCUAAGUUCAUUGACACCAACCCUCCUAUGCUCCAUCAAAUCAAUCAGAUGGAAGAUAUGGAGCAUUCAUUUGAGGCCAGUGCCAUUCAGAGAAUGGAAUUGAAAGUAUUGGAGACAUUAGAUUGGCGCCUUGCUUGUACCUCUACUCAUUCUUAUCUCCAACUAUUCAUUCAUCAACCUCACCUUCAACAACACAUCAUUAUUAUACCCAAAAUUAAUCACUUUCUUCUUCGAGCCAUUUCGGAUACCAAACUGGUGGAGUUUAGACCAAGUGUAGUUGCUGCAUCAGCCAUAUGGUUUUGCCUAGAUAGAUUUCUUUCAACGUCAUCAUUAAAUAUCGAUCAUUACUCUCUUCUCACUCGUUUCUUUCACCAACAUCAAAAGGAUGAUAUAAUAAGGUGCCAUAAUAUGAUGGAAAAGCUGUGGAGUAGUAGUAAUGAUGGUGAUUAUUAUUAUUAUAAUUAUAAUUAUAAUGGCUGCCCUUCAAGUCCUACUACAGUGUUAUUGAAAGACCGUAAUAGCAUACGUGAUGAUCAUGAAAUCUCUCCAUUCCUAAAAUGUUACGAUAGUCCAAAUAGACCAAGGAAGAAGCUAAGGACAUGUUGUGAUCAAGAGAAGAUAUUAUUAUGAUUAUUAUUAUUAUUAUUAUUAUUAUUAUUAUUAUUAUUAUUAUUAUUAUUAUUAUUAUUAUUAUUAUGUUUGAAAAUGGUCCAUCAAGCAUAAAAGAAAUAAUAUAUAAAAAUAGUAAUAGUGAAUGUAUUGCAAUUAAUUAAUUAAUUAAUUAAUGUUGGUGUCUUGUCUUUUUCAAAAAUUAAUUAUUUUGACCCAUAUGCA